UGCCGCGCGCGCUCUAUCGUUUGUUGUGCGUCGAAAACGCGUACGCGAUUUCGCGAUCUAUUAAGUUAAUUCUAUAAAAUACCGACAAAAAUCCGAGUGUAAGAACAGCCGGUGUGUACUCACACACAGAACGUGAGAAUUUGAGUUGAAAGUGUUGUUCACGAUGGAUGAAGAAGUGUGAAUUGUUUACGAUCUCGUCGGAGUUGUUUGGAGUUUCCACGAGAAUUCAGUGCCCAUGGAUGCAGUAGUGUACACUCGUUUGAGGAUCUAAACCAGUUUUACCCCAUCCUCGUGGAUUAUUCUGUGUUCAGCCUUCCCCUGAUAGUGAAAAAUAUAUAGUUUAAAAUCAACAAAGUUUUACAACUUGUAACGCUUGAGUGCCGAUGUUGGCGCGACGAGGUGCGCCGAGGCGUUUCUUCGGAAACUGUCGCGUGGUGGCACUGGUGAACGCUCAAGGGUGAUCGACCUCAUUUUUUUUCGUUGAUAUUCUUCUUAUCGAGGAGCAACAGACACCAAUCGAAGCGAAGUUUAUGGAUGAGAUGAGAUGGAAAGCACUGAGUAUGAUGGUUGAUUUAUGAGUGAAGCCCGUGGGCAUCAAACAUGAGAGUUUCAUCGUACUUCAGGAUGAUUGAAAAUCUUAUUAUUUUGGCUCUUACUGGCCUUGUUGGAAGAUCUCUAGCCUGGCCGAGUGAUCCAGUUCCACAUCUACACAUCAAACACCGGGAAGUGAUCGGCCAGAGGUUCCUGGGAAAUGAGAGUCACGUGGAGCACUUUAAGCUUCUUGAACGGGCGCCUACUUUUAUCCUGAUUGGUGCUAGAAAUGCCAUUUACAACAUCAGUCUACAUGAUCUGACGGAAAUCGCUGAUCAGAGAGUCCAGUGGUCGAGUACAGAUGCCCACCGAGAAUUGUGUAACCUAAAAGGCCGGAGUGACGACGACUGCCAGAAUUACGUUCGUGUAUUCGGACGUCACGGGCCAGAUAAGUUUCUGGCAUGUGGAACGAACGCCUACAAGCCCCAGUGCCGGCAAUUCAUCGUCCAGGAUGGCGCUUACGUGGGAGGUGGUGACACUGAUGGUCUUGGUAUCUGUCCUCAUGAUCCACAGCAUAAUAGCACUGCUGUUUUUGCUGGUGGACAAUUGUACGCGGCAACAGUUGCUGACUUUUCGGGUGGUGAACCAUUAAUUCGUCGUGAGAGAAUUAGAACCGAACGCUCUGAUCUCAAUCAAUUGAACGGACCGAAUUUCGUUAGCUCCUUCGCUUUCGACGAUUAUGUAUUCUUCUUCUAUCGAGAAACUGCUGUUGAAUAUAUGAAUUGUGGAAAGGCGGUGUAUUCACGAGUUGGGCGAGUAUGUCAGCAUGACAAAGGUGGACCCCACGCAUUUAGCGACAGAUGGACGAGUUUCUUGAAAGCGAGGCUCAAUUGCUCUGUACCAGGAGAAUAUCCUUUCUAUUUUAACGAAAUCCAAUCGACGAGCGACGUGACAGAGGGUUUCUACGCUGGACGUCACGAUCAAUUGAUAUACGGUAUUUUCACAACCCCAGUGAAUUCAAUUGGUGGAUCAGCAGUUUGUGCAUUCUCCAUGAGCAGUGUCCUAGAGGUCUUCCAGGGUGCAUUCAAGGAGCAAGAGACGAUAAAUAGUAAUUGGCUCAGAGUACUGGCGGAGAAAGUACCAGAGCCACGUCCAGGUGCAUGUGUCAAUGACUCCAGAACACUUCCAGAUGGAACCGUGAAUUUUGUUAAGAAACAUCCGUUGAUGGAUGAUGCUGUACAAUCAUUCUUUUCACUGCCUGUUCUCACUCAAGUCAGUUUCAACUAUAGGUUUACUAGAGUCGCUGUUGAUCCGCAAGUUAAAGCGCUAGACGGCAGAACUUACGAUAUUUUGUACAUUGGCACUGACGAUGGCAGAGUUAUAAAGGCACUGAACACAAAAGCACCCGAUUCACUGACCGAAGUCGGUCAGGUCAUUGUGAGCGACGUUCAAGUGCUUCGAUACGGUACAGCAAUAAAAGAUCUCCAAGUUGUUCAUCUAGCUGGUGAAGCAAGUAAGCUAGUAGUUAUAGCUGAUUCUGAGAUAAGAGCAGUGCCCUUGCACCACUGCGACAGUCAAGCAGCAAAUACUUGCGUUGGAUGUGUUGCACUUCAGGAUCCGCAUUGCGCUUGGGACGAUGUGACACAUACAUGCGUCGCUGUGCCAACAAAGUUGCACGAUAAUGAUGCCAGCAAAACACUAUUCCAAGAUAUUAUUAAUGGAAAACACAAGGGAUGUGGUUAUCAGCAGGUGAAUAUUGUCUCGGAGAUGGCGAAACCAGUGUUACCAGUGGUACCACCUAGAGUAGGACAUGGUGAGCAGCUCGACGAAAGGGACAAUGAGAUCGUCAUCGAGUUGGACCGUGAAAAUCAGUACAGUCGCACACAGCCAAGAGCUAACGAGCCUCAAGGCGUAAUAGUAACCCCAGUGGUGUACUCCGCGCAAACCCUAACAGGCGCCCUGAUAGGCACCUGCUUCUUCUCGCUGAUAGCAGGUUUUGCAUCAGGUUUCUGGUUUUCCCAGCGACUCCGGGGAACCCCCUACCCAGACCCACCUGAACAGCGGCAACAAUUGAAUCGACUAACCGAGUCAUCAGAGUCCCCAGCGGGUUUCAACAACAAAUCGAUAAAUCUCGUUUUAAACGUACCACCGAAAAAUCCAAACGGCAAAAAUGCAAAUUCCUCAGCGGAGAACAAACCAAUGCAAAAAGUCAAGAAAACGUACAUAUGAUACAGAAGACGUCGAGCCGUGUGAGGCUGGGCAGAUCGUGACGAUGAUACCCAGAUAUCAACGGGCUCAUCGUCCGAUGCUACCGAAUCCGAGAAUUCCUACAACAACGAAAACAUCUAUGAGAAAGCAAGCUCAAAAAAAACAUCACUACCCGCAUCAACAGUCUCGUGCAGCUCUUCCGAGAUCGAUCUUCGACACAUGAACGAAUCAUUCGAUCCACCAGGUUACGAUAUUGUCGUCAAUCCCGAAUUUCUAGUACCUCAGAAAGACCAACUCACUCACCAUCGCGCAAGACUGACUUACCAAGAUCCCAGCGACGAUCCACCAAAUCCACCAAAAACAUCUAGAUCACGGGCUAGGUAUCAGGAUUACCAGAGUGUUGAUACAUCUCACGAGCACUACAUGAUACCCACGACAAAUCCAAAAGACAAGCGUACAUUGUCACUGUUCAUUCCCGAAUUUCUACCCAAUUUCAAUGACAUGAUGAUGUACGUAUCACAACCAAAUGAGGGUUUAUCCAGUGUCUCACUACCCUGGAAUCGUACAGACGUUAAUUACCACAAUGCUUCCACAAUUAGACACUCACUAGACAAUGAUCCCACUGUUAAUGAGCAUUUUUUCUUGAAAAGUUCAACACCAGUCAGGGAUACAAGUUACGAUAGUUUACAGCAUGAGCGGUACAAUAAUGAAAUUAUUGCUAACGAAAAUUUGUACGCUUCCAUUGUUAGGCAGGAUAAUGAAUGCAAAUCGAGCAAUAUUGAGUACAAUUGCUGAGUUUAGGGGGAAUUAUUCAAUGGGGGAGGUUCAUUUAGCUUUAUUCAUUUGUAUUUUUCGUCUCCCGGAUUGAGUGUCACCAGGUUAUUGGGAUAUGAGCCACUGAUGAUGGUUAUUACGUAUACGGUGAGAACGUACUUGUGAUAAAGACUGGUGGUACUGUGUUCUUAGUAGUGGCCUGUUAGGUGUUUAGAGGAAAAAAUUUUAAAAUGGAAAAAAAAAUGAUUACGGUAUCGUUGCGUAUACAUAAGCGUACUCAGCAGACGAAGCGUGCCUUCCAUGUAUUUUUGUUGGCAAUUUGGUAGAGGAUGUUAGUCGAGGGGAGAGUUGAUGCUUUAAGAGGGAUGAUGUUUUUUUUUUAUACUGGGAAAUAAUUGGGGAAGAGUGAGGGAAACGAGAGGCAACACUUCAGUGAACUCAAGCAGAUGCAUUUUUUAGAUAACGUUUUUCGCUUGUAUCGCGGAAUUCGUGGGAGAUAGCGAUAUUUUUUAUUGAAUAUUUUUUGUGGACAAAUGCGAAAGCUACAGAAAUGGUUCUUAUCAAAAUGUCGCUGUGUCUUUUCAAAUCCGAGAUUUUUGGGAAAAACUGGACUGGAAAAAUGGGUUCUAGUUUAAUACUUGACAACAGAAUUAAAAUUAUUUAUCUCGUUUUAUCACUUGGCCAUUGAAGUAAAAACAGGAAUGUAAUGAAAAAUAGAGGAUAUCGAAAGUAAUGAUGAGGAUAACGAUGUUUUCUGGGGAGGGUUCAAAUGUGUGGCAAAUAUUCAAAGGCAAAAACUGCCAAUAACCGAAGGUAAAUGACUUCAAAAAAAAAAUGUGUAAAUAAAUAUUAAUUUUUAAUUAAUCUUGUCUUCGACUCGAUGGGACUUUUGAUUAUGGAUAUUUAAGAGAAUUUCAAAUGUAUAUAUUUAUCCCGUCGAGAUAUAAAGGGGAAAAAUGUGGAUGAACUGUGCAAGGUGUGGAAAAUCGAUAGAGAGGAUUAAAUAGCAUUAGGUAAGAAACAUUUUGUACAAUCGCUUCGUAAUAUCGUGUUUCCUCGUCACUCGAGAUUAUAUUGUAUGUAUGGAACAAAAAAAUAAAAUAUAUAUAUCAUAGUAUUUACAUGAGAAAUAAAGAAUGCAGAUAUGGCAGCUAUUUUACAUUUCUAUCGAUUUAUGGAAAAAAAAAGGAAACAAAUAUUUGCAAUAUAUUUGCCAUGCUCCAUGUACCUAAAACAAAUAUGGGAAUUAUUGUUAUGGCACUCUUUAGGGGUGACAUAUUCAUUCCAAGUAAUCUUGCCCAUUUUAUUUUAGGUAUUGUUUUUUUUUCAUUCUUCGUUAUAUUUUUAUUUCUACAGAAUAUUCUAAUUGACGACUAAAAUUGGAGAAUUAAUUAGCUGAAAAUUGAGGGAAAUAAUCGCAAAUUAUAUUGUAUCUAUCAAAGGAUGAAUAUAUAUGAGGAACAUGAACUGUAUAUGUAUAAAGAAGCAUUUUAUUAGAUCAAUUUUUGAAUAUGACGAUAAAAAAAUGUGUAUAUAAUAAUUCGAUUGCGCAUUGAUUGUUGAAACAAUGGAUUGAAAAUUUUCUGUGGUGAGUGACGAUGACGCAAAAUUGUCAAGGUAUUUUGUUAAUUUUUCAAGUUUAUCGUUGGUAAUAAUGCAUUAUGAAAAAUUGUGAGUUCAAAAUUUAGGGAAAUUGUGGGAAGAUAUUCUUUCCUAGGGAGAUGAAUCAGAUCGGAAUUAACAGUAUCUGCCGACUGUAUUGUUUAUUGAAAGAUAAUUAUUGUGAGGGUGUGAGGAUAAUUGCUACAUUCCAUUUGAAAGCCAGGACUGCCAAAUUGGUCGGUCUUACGACAGCUUGUGCUGCGAUUACGAUCUCGUGGGUAGAUACUUGAGAGUUUAUUCUGGAAUUCCGAGAGAAAAUGAGAAUUUUUUUUGUAGAAGUACAAAGAGGUGUAGAGGGAGCAUUUUCUUUUGCAUAUUUUCUCGUUCCAUUCUGUCACACCUGGAAUUGGAACUAGAAUAUCUCAAGUCGGAAUGGUGAAACGAUUAAGUUGGAUGUAAAAUUGAUAAUUUGCUGGACAAGCUGGCGUACCGGCGAUCAAAUAAACAAUUAUGUAAAAAUUCGAUAAAAGAAUAUUUUAGUGGCCUUUUCGUAGACGAAUUCGUCUCUGCUUUGUUAAAGAAACACUAUUAGAAGAAAAACACGAACAAUUUGUAUAAGUUAUACAUUAUGUAAUUGUAAUACUCAUUAGGGAUAUUGGAAUAGCUUGAGGAAAUUUCAAAUCGCCACGUCUUUCAAAUCUCAUUCAUCCGUAAGUACAUUAUUUGUCAGUCGUAAUCCCUUCCUCUUUAUCAAUAGCUUUUGUUUUGUUCGAGAAAUCUUGAUCAAUAACGGUAAAUAAUGACAUAUUCAGUGUAAUGGCUACGUGAAUAAUAAUAAGGAGAGAAUCAAAAGAGAAUGGCAGUCCAGGCACACGAUGUAUGCUGUGCCAAUACAAUAUUUUUUUUUGUAUAUAAGGGCGAUACGAAAAAUUUCGAAUUUUGGUAGAUCAACGAAAUCAUGAGACAAAAUUUUGAGGGAAGGGGCAGGGAAUCGAUGAUCGAGAGUGUGCGGGAGGUUCGAUGUAUUCAAUUAUAGAAUCGAAAUAAAAAAAAAAUAAUAACGAAGAAGAAUUUUAAAACAUUUUCUGUCUACUCGAGUGAUAAUUUCUCUGUUUUCGUAGUGAA